GAACAGCUCCCAGUAAACUUUUAGCCCUUGAUGAGUGUUCUUUUCAUUUGAAUGAAGCACCGAGGAGAGGUUAUUCUUUAAAAGGAACUAGAGCAAUUUCCCAAAGACCAGGCAAUAAAGGAGUUAAUCAUAGUCUAAUUCUAUGUAUCCAGUUUUUGGAAAGUCAAGGAGUAAUUCACUAUGAACUAAUUAAAGGAGGGCUUAAAACUCAAUCUUUUCAUGAUUUCUUGAUUGGGAUUAAUCUCUCUAGUCAGGAAAAGCAUUAUCUUUUUCUAGACAACGCCAAGGUUCACCAUGCCAAGAAUUCUUGUUUAAAAUUAGGCUUGCCUACUGUUAGAGAACUACUAGAAAGCAAGAAUAUUGAACCUGUUUAUUCGGUUCCUUACACACCUGAACUAAAUCCUGUAGAGAUGUGCUUUAACAUUAUUCGCCAAAGUGUAGAAAAACAACGACCAAGAACUUUUGGAGAGCUAGAGUUAGCCAUUGAUAAAGCAAUAGCCAACUUACAGCAAAAAAACUUUAUUGAACUCUUCCGCCAUGCCUUUGCUAAAGUGGAUUGUUUAGAGAGUAUUUUUCAAUCAUUAGACAAAAACAAUCCUCACAGGAUGGAAGUUGAAACUCGCCGAGAGCAAUUUAGAUUAGAAUUAAAAGAAAAACUUAAAAAUAUUAGUGAUUCUGAAGAAAUCCAAGAAAUUAAGGAAAUAAUUCAUAAAUUUAAAGCGGAUAAGGAUUAUACUUAUUCUCCUAAUGUAGAAACCGAAUAUUGA